AUGCCCGCCACCCCACCUCCCGGGACAGCUGUGCCCACGCGGGAGUGCCCACAGACAGCCAGGGCCCUGGUGGGUCUCUGCGUGCUGAGAGCGCUGUCCUCGUGGACGCUGCUGCUCCUCUGCAGUGCUGCCGAGCCCCUGGAGGAGAGCCGGUCACAGCUGGCACGGGCUUGGGCACCGCAGAUGCACGGCAGCAAGGAUGCCCACAACCUGGUGCCCGCUCCUGCCACCCACCAGUCCGCGGAGCCACGAGAUGUUGCUGCCUGUCAGCGGAUUGCUAAAGUGUCAUGCUGCUCCUACAGGACCGUGUGGCCCCUGAAAGGUCUGGAGACCUGCCACAGGGGUUCUGCCCUGGCUGCCGGUGAGGUGGAGGUUCCAGAUCCGAAUGACGCUUUGGGACAGCUCGAUGGACAGGACAGUCCGAUUCCAACUCUGAAAGGUUACUUUCUGAAUUUUCUGGAGCCAGUAAACAAUAUCACCAUUGUCCAAGGCCAGACAGCAAUUCUGCACUGCAAGGUGGCAGGAAACCCACCCCCCAACGUGCGGUGGCUGAAGAAUGACGCCCCGGUCGUACAGGAGCCGCGGCGGAUCAUCAUCCGGAAAACAGAAUAUGGUUCUCGGCUGAGAAUCCAAGACCUGGACACGACAGACACUGGCUACUACCAGUGCGUGGCCACCAAUGGUGUGAAGACCAUCACUGCCACCGGGGUCCUGUUUGUGCGGCUCGGUCCGACACACAGCCCAAAUCAUAACUUUCAGUAA